GUAAACAAUCGUCUAAUCCACCCUUAGGCUCGAAUCCCGGAUGUGGGACUAAUGCCGGAUUGCCAGACCGAUUAUGUCGGCCAGAACUUUCUGCCACUUUUCUCGCAAACAUUGCUCCAAAAAAAGAUUAUAUUCGGCCUAGAGACGAUCAUCAAUCUAGACUAAGGGACGGCAACGAAGCCAUCUAUGUUAGUAGAGUCCCAGUUGAAGAGUUUGGCCAGAAUCCCUGUACUUCGGAUCCACUAGAAGGAUAUAGUGGAAGCCAUACUGGUGACAAAUCGAUGAAAUCGAAUUGCAGUAGCUUUUCCUAUACCUCCUACGAGUGCCUGGAAGACAGCCAAGACGAAAGAUCUAUUCAACCCGGGCUUCGAGGUAACAGGUACAGAGAGCAAUCUGGUUUGGGGUCAUGCAACUUGGAAGGCGGAGCGCUUCAGGAGGCGUCUGUACAGAUUAUAAUAGACAAUGUAGAAUGGAUGUGCAAUUUGCCAUUCUUCCAGGAUCUACAGGCAACUAGCGCCAAUCGGGCACUUCAUUUACUAUCAUUGACCCAAGCUACCUGGUCCGAGAUCUUUCUACUGACGGCCGCCUACACUCGACAUCCCUCUAUCCUCCAUCUCUUGGGUUGUGCAAAAGGUGGCAGUACCCGGAAGAGGUCAAAGUCUAGCUUCCAGUGUACAGGAUUUGACUAUUCAUGUGACCUAGAAGUGCCAGUUGAUGGAGGCCUGAAUCAAACAACUCCCCGAAUGGCUUCCAAGGCGACUGGGAGACAGCAAAUCCUCAGUAAAUUGUCUGAACCAGUUUCCGAUAUGGUGCCAUCUUCUUGCUCAUCAUCGUCUUCUGCGUCUGCAGCCAAUGCCGUUAUCUUUAACAGUGUCAUCGUUUCGAACUCCUCUUCGUCGUCUAGUUCUUCUUCACCCAUCUUUGAGGUGUCUGGGCUUGCAGAAGCCUCAACGAAGUCUGUUUCGCCGAGAACACAUCCUUCAAGUUUUGAAGACGAGUUAACAGGUCCCAAAAAGCCCCCCAUCCAGGACUGUCUACGGAGAUCUUGUGGUAGACCUGACCUACCGAGCCAAGUAUAUGGCUCACCUAUUUGCCAGUCUUUGGCCAGUAAACCGGGGAGUCUAGCCGACUCAGGGUCGGUGCCAAAAAACUCGAUGUCUGAACAAAGUGGAACAUCAGAGAGACUGGGCCGCGUACCCGCCCCUCUGUCUGAGAUACUUGGCAACUUUGGUCUAACCAAAGAGAAGCCGAUCAGCACAGAAAUGGCCGAAAAUAACAAGGCUUCAAGUGGACAAAUGUCUGAUGCACUGUGGCUUGGCGAGGAGUCAAAGACAGAAAUUAAAAAGGAUUAUGAGUUGGAGUUAGUUGUUAAAGCGAGAAAAAUUCGGGAGAUGGGCUAUGGCAACAAGGAGGAUGAUGAAAAGAAUGAACUUAAGGCCGGUACAAAAGCAACAGAGAGGGAAAAUUGUGCUGCUGCCAACGAUGAGGCUGAAGUCCCAGACGAGGAUGUCAAUGGAGGCAAUUUUGGCAAAGGGAAAAAUGAUAUGGCUAGAAAGACAUGGAAUGGCAGAACGGAUGAUGAAGAAACUCAGAUGCACAACCUCAUAGAACAGAUCGUCAGGUUGAUCGGCUUGGAGAUGAAUGCAGUUGAGUUUGCUUGUCUGAAGGUGAUUAUACUUCUUAGACCAGGUAAGUGA